AAUUAAGCCUUGUCCUCUUGGUGAACUUUCCUAGGCUGUCUCUCUCUCUCUCUCUUCUUUCUCUCUCUUCUUCUCAUCCAAACAAAACCCAUUUCAAAAUUUCUGUUUUUUCCUUCAGAGAUUUUCCACAAAUCCUCUCACCUCGACGAAGGUAAAGGAAUGAAUGGCGCUACAGCAACAGAUUCUGAAGCAGACAACUCUGAAUAUGUCGAAGUUGAUCCCACCGGCAGAUAUGGAAGAUACAAUGAUGUUCUUGGCAAAGGAGCAUCCAAGACAGUUUACAGAGCUUUCGAUGAAUACGAUGGCAUUGAAGUGGCAUGGAAUCAAGUGAAGCUCUGUGAUUUCCUUCAAACCCCUGAAGAUCUCGAGAGGCUAUACAGAGAAAUCCAUUUAUUGAAGACGCUAAAACAUAAGAACAUAAUGAAAUUCUGUUCUUCCUGGGUCGACACUGCCAAUAGAAACAUUAACUUCGUUACAGAGAUGUUCACUUCCGGGACUCUCAGACAAUACAGGCUGAAGCACAAGAGAGUGAAUAUCAGAGCUGUGAAGCAUUGGUGCAGACAGAUUUUAAGAGGGCUUCAUUAUCUUCAUAGCCAUGAUCCUCCUGUAAUCCACAGAGACCUUAAAUGUGAUAACAUUUUUGUUAAUGGGAAUCAAGGCGAAGUCAAGAUUGGUGAUCUUGGACUUGCUGCUGUUCUUCGUAAAUCCCAUGCCGUUCGAUGUGUUGGAACACCAGAGUUUAUGGCUCCAGAGAUAUAUGAAGAGGAGUACAAUGAAUUGGUUGAUAUCUAUUCUUUUGGAAUGUGUAUCCUUGAGAUGGUUACUUUUGAAUAUCCAUACAGUGAAUGCACUCACCCUGCUCAGAUUUACAAGAAAGUUAUCUCUGGGAAGAAGCCUGAUGCUUUGUAUAAGGUGAAGGAUCUCGAGGUUCGGGUUUUCGUCGAGAAAUGCUUGGCUACCGUGUCGACUAGGCUGUCUGCUAGAGAGCUUUUGAAUGACCCUUUUCUUCAAAUUGAUGGUUGUGAUUCUUUACUCACGCCAAUAGAUUACUAUUCUGAAUAUGAUGAAGUGAAUAAUGGUUUGGAUUACUGUUUGAUUGAUAACGAAGUGAGCGAAAUCGAUCUUUUUUCGUGUCAAGACGAUGAGCAUUUGGCAGAUGUUGAUAUCACUAUUAAAGGGAGAAGAAGAGGCGACGACGAUAUAUUUCUACGGCUUCGGAUUGCGGAUAAAGAAGGUCGAAUACGAAACAUCUACUUCCCGUUCGAUUUAGAGAAUGAUAGUGCUUUAAGUGUUGCAAAUGAGAUGGUUUCUGAGCUUGAUAUUACUGAUCAAGAUGUGAAGAAGAUUGCUGAUAUGAUAGAUGAUGAGAUAGCUACAUUGGUGCCAGAAUGGAAGAGAGGAACAAGCUCUGAUGCUAAUGUUUGUCACAAUUGUGCUUUAAACGGUUCGGCUUUGGAUUACGUUUCACCGAACCAUCCGACGACGAAGAACCUACACGUUCUUCAGUGUUCUGAGGAUCAUGGCUGUGCUUCUAUCCAUGGACGUUUUGAGGAGAUUACAUAUCAAGUUGAGGGAUCGGAACAAUUCAAUGGGUCAUCGGAGAAUCCGAGCGAUAUCCAUUAUGCCGAUAUUUGGGCGCAGCGAGAUGGCAAUGAAUCACAUGGAGGAGCAUCAGAACAGCUGAAGCUCAAGAAGGAAGAAAGUAGUGUACAUAAGAACAAUAAUGAUCACCAAACAGAAUUCCGAACGAGAAACUCGAGCUCAUCGAAUCGUUUGGUGUCGUUUGCCGAUGAUCCCGAGAACGAGAUUCGACAAGAACUAAGAUGGCUCAAGGCUAAAUAUCAAAUGCAGUUGAGGGAGCUAAGGGAUCAACAAUUAGGAGUCAAGGUCAAAUCUUUCAGCUUACAGCCGAAUCCGAACCUUGCCGAGACCAACCGUGGAGCUUUCGUAUCGUUGCUUUCACCAAAUAUCAAUGAAGCAGCAAGACAUAAGGCUGGUAUCACUUCACAUUCCCCCCAUAUUGCUGCUGACAGUGUGUUGGAAAACCGAACCUUUCAAGACGACAGCUUCGAUGUCGACGAGUCGGGUAGUCCCGAGCUGAUGAUUACGGCCAAGAGCUUCUAUGCAGGGACAUUGUUACCUCAUUCUCUACAAAGAGCAACCUCACUUCCUGUUGAUGCUAUAGACUUUUAGAACAAGGAAUCCUAAUGGGUAUCAUAAAAGAUGGCCUAUUUGUUUGAAUGUGUAGAUACCCUUUUGAGAUUAUGAGGUGUGUUGGCCUUAUUUGGUUGUCGACUGGCAAGCAAAGAUGCCCUUUGAA